AUGUUCUUCGGGCCAUACAGGAAUUUUUUGCGGAAGAACGUUGAGGAAGUCGCUAAGUCAAGGAAGAAUUAUAUUUACUUCUUGUCUUUCAAAUCUCAAUGCUUUUCUACGGCUGCUUCUUUAAGAAAUAAGGAUGCUAAGAAUUCAGAAAUAAUUUUCGGAGGACAGUCUUUAGAUGAUUUGUUUAAUAAUAUAAAAAAGUCAAUGAAGGAGAAAAAAGAAGGAAGUAUGGCUUCUGCAAACCGAAAAAAGGUUGGUAACCCCCGAAACGGCGGUUUAGACAAACUAGACUCUCGUCCUAAUAGACAAAGAAGAAACAUUCUUCAAGGAAAUAGAGUACAGCUCCCAGGUUACCAAGAUAGAAGAUCACAAAGUCGGUCAGAUUCUCCCGAUAAAGCUGGUAUGCAACCUGAUGAACAUUCAGCGAGAAAGGGCGUCAACAAUUCUGAAUUUCCACCCAAGUUUGAAAGAAUUAAGCCUCAUUUUAAACCUAUAGAAAGAGAAACCCCUACUUUCAAUAAGAAACCCGUACCAAGCGAACCAUCAGUUGAAGAGGUUACUAAAUUCGGGCUGGCAGAUUCUUCUAAUCCUAAAUCUGUACGUGAAGGAAGUCGCAAUCGGCUUUUACAUAAGUAUGAUUCCGCUCCGACUACCACUGGUGGUGUAUCAGUGAAGAAUCCACGAGCAAAGUCGAGAAAGCAUUUGCAAAAAGAAGAGGAUAUCGGAAUAAGUCAAUUAGAAGAAGCUUCAAAUAAGGGAUCGAUUCUAAGAAAGAAGUUCUUUGGUGUAAGUAAAGUACCUCAUCUUUCAAAUUUCAAUCCCCAGCUUAUCCUUCCACAGCAACUGGUAGACUUUGUAUCCCCUUCUACUUCACUUCCUAGAGGAUUGGAACUUAUGAAAAAGCAGUUGCGAGCAUCUAUCUCAUAUUCCCGUAAUUAA